AAAGAGGAUGCAGUUUUCUGGUGAGUUAAAUCAAAGGAACGUGCUCCAGCGCAGGACUAAUACUAGCACAACAUCUUCUCUGUCCUUCAGACUACAAGCUUAAUCACUGGGAAAUCCCAUUCCAUAGUCAGGCACGCAACAGAUCCGUGAGUGCUAUUUUAUGAAUUUAAACGGACACCAUGACUUCUAGCUCCUGGAAAAACUGAAGAAGUUUAACCCAUUGACACAUCCCCCUCUGCUGAUUCAUUGAUCUAAAUGCUUUAAAUAGAGGGAGGGGUACAAGUCUUUCCUUAGUCUGUACAGCUGCAGAACACAGAAACAGCUCCAGCAUCACUUGAGGAUCAUAUUCUACUACUGGGAUAUCAUGAGGUCGAAUUGGCACAUCAGUGGAAUUUUGAUCUUUAUUAUCAUCCAUCUCACUUAUAGCCAAUGCCCUAAAGAAUGUAGAUGUCUUAAAGCAGGACAAGUAGAUUGUUCUGGAAGUGAUAUUGUAGAGAUACCACGCUCUAUUCCUCAGAACAUUAGGAGCCUCCAGAUUAUAAACACGGAAGUGACAGAACUAGAAGAUGGUGUUUUGGAAAAUAUGACAGCACUACUGGCCCUACGAAUUGAGAAAGGGGAACUGUCCACUAUAGGUCCCAAUGCAUUGAACAACCUCAUGUCCCUUCGUUUUCUCAGCUUGUUUAACAAUAAAUUGCAAGAUUUGCCAGCUGGGUUGUUUAAAGACCUGGGGAAGCUGGAAACCCUUAUUCUCUCAAACAACAUGUUGACUCAGAUUCACCCUUUACUAUUUUCUCCACUAAUGAAUGUGAAAGAGCUGUCCCUUUUGGGAAACAAUCUCCGUUCUAUACCAAGAGGUGCUUUUGAUCAAAUGAGUGCUCUCACCAAACUGAAUAUUGCCAAAAACAAUCUCACUCGCUUGCAUCCCAAAGCUUUGGAAAAAGUCACUAAACUUCAGGCUCUUCGACUUUAUGAAAAUCAGCUCAAGGAAAUUCCAGAAGGACUUCUGAGUUCAGUUAAUAGUUUGCAAGAAAUUGCAAUGCAAAACAAUCAGCUCAGUCAAAUAUCUGCUGAUUUAUUCUCGAAUAACCCGGAUUUACAAAAAGUGUACCUAUCCAAUAACAAGAUCACUUCAUUGCCACAGGGUUUAUUCACACACACACCACAGUUGUCCAAACUUACAUUAUUUGAAAAUGCAAUAAAACAUAUUGACAUCGGAGUGUUUGGGCCAUUGCCAAAACUAAAGGAGCUUUGGUUGUAUGAGAACAAACUUGAAGAGUUAGUAGAUGAUAUCUUCUUCAAUCUCACCCAACUACAACUACUUAUUGUAUCAAAAAAUAAGAUUCACACCAUCUCUUCUGCAGCUUUUAGAGGAUUAGAUGAGCUCUUGGAACUUUCACUGCAUACCAAUGUACUUACAACUUUACAUGAAGAUGUCCUUCAGAAUUUACACAAGCUAGAGAACAUAUCUCUUCACAGCAACGAGAUUGAACAUCUUCCUGCAAGUGUCUUUAGAAAUAUGGACACUCUGAAGACCAUACAGCUACAUAAUAAUUCAUUGCAGAUGCUUCCAGAGGGAAUUUUUGAUACUGUUGUGCAUUUAGAUGAGGUAAAACUUCAAAGUAAUCCAUGGAAAUGUGACCUUCACCUACUUCCUCUGAAGACCUGGAUAGCCCAUAACCUAAACAAACUUGGGAACUACAGUCGGGUUGUGUGUGCUAAUUCACCCUUUACAGGCGUGCCUGUAGCUGAACUAAGUGACCAGCAAUUAGUAUCUUUGGUGUCUACAACUUCCCCAGAUAUGGACCAUUCCACAUCAGUGCUUGAAACCAGCACUGCUCAUGAGCCUGCCAAAUUUACUGAACCACCAAAUCAAGAAAGGACAACUCUGGCAUUCGUAACAACACCACAGCCAGAAUUCUCUGAAAGUAACCCCACAAUGGAAACACUUGAUGAGGAUUCAGACAAUGGCUCUGGUUUUGUACCAACCUACACUCCACCUGACAGGGAAUCUCGUGGCAACAGGCUGGUUGGUGUUGUGAUUGCAAUAAUAGUUUUAUGUUGCAUAGCCAUUGUUUGCACAGUUAUUGCUUGUAUAUUAUAUAACAGAAAGAAGAAAAAUCAUGUAGUACUCAUGAGAAUGAAGCAACAAAAUGAAGCAUAAUGGAACUCAUAUAUGACUUAAAAAUUACUGAAAAAACCUUCACAAAUGGAGGUGGGAACUAGAAGACGCACUGUUAUAUGACUGCUUCAGUCUCUGACUUAACCUGAAUGUACUCUUAUGUUAAUGCCUGUCAACCAGUUUUCCAAAUGUAUCAUUGAUACUACACCAAAUGUUAAAAUGUAACUACUAUGUAUGUCUAGUAACAAAUAUUCUCUUUCAGGGAAAUUGUCUAUGCCCUUUCUGCAGUAAAGUAUUAUAUAAGUUGGACACAUACGAGAAAGUGUCAUUAUCAUGGCAUCAUCUCUUUCAAAACCGAUUUUAAUGUAUGUUGACUGUCUGAUAAUGUCACAGACAUUUUCUCAGGUGCACAGUAAAAAUAUCUUCUGGUUUUUAAAACCACCAAGGUGAAAAAUCCCUGUAUACAGCUAAAAUAGUGCAUGUAGCAGAAAGUAUAUAGUAUUUAACAUGAACGUAACUGAACAACUGAACAACUGAGCCCAGAUGAGAAGUAAUAUCAUUAUAGGCACUCUUAUAUCUCCUCUUUGGGCUAUCUGGAUUCUUCAACUAGAACAGAAACACUGGGCCUUAUUUAAUCAUGGGAGGAGGGAUAGAGAAUAUUACUACUUACUCUGGGUAACAGAAACUGAGUCUGUUCACUGAGAUAUCCUACUAUUUAAAUUUCCUUGCUACAAAAGGUGACUGCUUAAAGGUGAACUCCAGUUAUGAUCUUUGAUUGGCACAAUGUAAGUAUGCAUGUGACAUAUCUGAUGCACAAUCACUCUAGUAGUUGGUGCUACUAAAGUGAUAGCCAGGAUUUUCUAGGUCCCAUGCAAAUGACUUCCUUGCUGCACACUAACCACAGGGAGUCACUUGCUUGGCAAUGCUAACAUUCAUAGAAGGUCUUGUAUUCUCCUGUUGGAUGAGGUGCAGAUCAUGAUGUCGCCACCCUUCUCUACCCCAUCCAGUCAGAGAAUUCUUUGUAUUCAAAAAUACAAAGCCUUCUAUGAAUGGCGGCAGUGCUAAGCAAUUGAUCCUCAAAGGUCAGUGUGCAGAAGGGAGGCCACUUGCAGGAGACCCUUGAUAUGACCCAGAAGAUUGCGCCAUGACUGUAGUACUGGCAACUACUUAAGUGAUUGUCAGCUUCCCUUGUAGCCCAUCAGGUAUGAGAUGUGCAUAUUUACAUUGUGCCAAGCUAGGCCAAGAGUGGACUGAGUAUGUAAAAAGUACGUAUCAUGGUACGUCGUUUUUUUCCAGAUUAUUAUUGAUAUUUAUCAUAUUUUUGUUGCUAGAAGAAUAAGUAGAGAUAUAUUUUGGUUACAUCACGAAGUAGGAAGAUGCCAGGAAGAUUGCUUUAAGCCCUGUACACACGCUCAGUUUUCUCGGCUGUAAAAAAUCCACCAAGAAAACCGAGGGGAAAGCCGAGAACCUGGUAGGAGAACUGCCAUGAAGCUUUGGCCAGGAAUUCCGUCCGUGUGUAUGCUCCAUCGGCACUGCCUCGCAGUGUUUCCCAUAGGAAAGUAGUAGAUCUGGAGAAAAAAUAAAACGCUGGGAAUGCCGACGGGAAAAAAGAGAGUAGGUUCUCACACGUUCGGUUUUCCAGGCCAAAAGCUCUCUUGGCAGUUUUCCUGGCAGGAAAACCGGUCGUGUGUACAGGGCUUAAGAGAUUAGUGCACCAGUGCAGAUACUAGUGAUAAGUGAGAACAUUUUUAAUAAAACCUAGCAAUUGCUUAAUUCCACACUAGAAAUGAGUACCUCAUUGUCAAAGGGCAGGCAGAUCAAUCUUGAUCACUUAUGUGUUCAUAGAGGUGUAUAGAUAAUCUGUUUCAAUUCCAGCAUCCCCUUUAUCAAGGCCUUUUGUAUGGAACUGGCAUUCCAGAGUCAGUCAAAAAAUAAGUAAUAAAUAAGUCAGUUUGUAUAAAGUAACAGAUUUGCACAAAAGAUAUGGACCACAGAAAAUAUCAACACGUUGAUAGCAGUCCUGCCUAUAGAUGGAUGCUCUCUGUAGUCUAAGUUUUUUUUGCAAAUCUGCUAACUAUACAAAUGGACUUUUUAUUUCAUUUUACUGUCACUUGGUUUUGCCUCAGCAAAAUUAAUUCCAUACAAAGAGUCCUGAUGAAGGGGACAUUGUAAUUUACCCAAAAUCUGUUGGCUCUAUACCUCUACAUACAAUAAACACAUCCAUGAUCAAAAUUGACCUGCCUACCUUUUGUCAUUCAGGUUCAUUCCUCUGGUGUGAAAUUGACUUUUUAUUUAACUUUUUAUUGCUGUCGUUGUCAUCCAUGUGGUAUUUAGAAGCUACUUCCUGUCAUGGGUGGCAUUGGUAACUAGGAUGGGAAGUGUAAUCUUCCCAGUGGGCUCACAGAAAGCAAAAACGAUAUUGAAAUAUGUUCUACCACUUCCCCAUCUAAACAAAGCUAAUACAAACAGUUUUUUGGUUGGACUACUUUAAAAGAGCCCCUACACUGGCAACAUAACACAGUAAUACAUUUAUCACAUCUCAGGGCUAGUUUACCUGAUUUUAUCCAUAGCCACUGGGAAAAAAUAGAUGUAGGAGGUAACCCAUCAUUCUGGGAUGGGCUUCUACUUUAAAAAACAGUUGUGAUGAGGUUACAUGUGCUCUUUAAUCUUUUUCCAACACCCCUUCUAAAGUAACACCUUUUCUAUUGUGUACUAUUGAUUUCAUGUCUGUUUUAUUUUAAGAAAUCCUGCAUGUUGUAUGUAUUUUUUAUUUGCCAAAAAUGCCUUUUAUAUUAUAUAUUUUAGGAUGUUUUCUUACAGUUGAUUGAAUUUCAUUGAUUGAAACAGUCAGCUGCACCAAUUGUUGCAAGUGUUCAACCAUUUUGUAUAGUAUUUUAAAGUCAGUGCCAGAUCAAGAAAACAGUUCUCCAGGUAAAAUGGGUCCCCUCCUUUAAAUAUUUACAGUUGGUUACUUAGCGUGGGCCCCUUCUCCUUUCUCAGCUUCAGUGCUGGUAUAUUGUACAGCAGAUAUUUCCAUCCAUGUUAAAAAUAUAUUAACAUGAACUGAAUGACCAAUAUAAAUAUUAAAAUGCAUUUUUAAUAA